GGGGCUUGGGCCGUAACAACCCGCUACCUCUUCUUCGACCUCGCCUCGGUCCGUCAGCUCGUGCCACGAUCCUCCUCCUCCUCCGCCGCCGCCUCCUCGCUCCGGCGACCGCUCCUCUGACUCCUGACAGCAGCUUGUGGUCAGCAGUGCCGUAUGAGGUUCGCGGGGUGGUACCUGAAGAUCGCCGUCGGCGGCGCGGCCAUAGGCGCCGCCAUGGAGCUUUUCAUGAUCCACACCGGCUUCUAUGAGAAGGUAACGGUACUGGAGUCUGAAAAACGAGCUUGGGAGAGCAGUCCAGAAGCACAAGCCAUGAGAGAAGCCUUGAAUCCAUGGCACAAGCGCGAUGAACAAGAGAAAAAAUAGGCAACGAUAGGCUCAUCGGUUGUCCUUUCAAGUAAUUGCAUUCCCAUCCUUCCAUUGUAUUCUAACCCCUUGAACAAGGUAGUAGGGACGUGGCAUUUUUGUAGUUGCAACCUGUCUCUCUGGGGUUGCUGGAUGAUAGCUUCCAGCAAUGUUCUAAAAGAGUUAUGCCCAUAUCAUAUCCAUAUGCCUUCUUCCUAACAAGGAUUCUUUUACUGUUUCCACGCAUAUGCGUCCAUGUUGAAUAAACUCAGUAUCUGCUAUGUUUAGCAAUACAACAAAGAAUUUUAGACUUGCAGAGGUCAAACCAAUCUAUGUCUUCCAUUCAUUGA